CUAAGCCCGCGUGUCCAAACAUAGGCGGACACUGACAUAUGUACAAGUUCGUCGCAUGUAUACACACAGCGCUGUAUCUCUUGUAGAUAGAAGCUGCUUUGGUUUGGGAUUCUGUUUGACUCGAGGGUAAUGCUGGACUUGGCAUAUUCAGUUUUGAUGCCCCCUUUGUUCCAGUCUGUAGGGUUUUGCUUUUUGGUUGCAAAAAUAGCCUAGAGGUGCAUUAAAAACACCUGGCUAAUAUAUACCAGCAUUGCUACAGGGUCUUUUCAGAAGUGGUCAUUAAUGGACGCCCAACCUUUUUUAUCUUUCCAUAGAUCAGGUGGUAGGCAAUCAAGUAACCAUGAAAGUAUUGGAGUUCCAUCUUCGUGUCUACCUUCUCUGGCCACCGUCCAAGAAGAAAAAUAUCCCAAGUUACUGAACAAUCAAUUAGUUUCUGUGGAGAGGGAACUUAUGUCAAGUCCUUCAGACCUUGUACCUCUUUCUUAUAAUAAUGGGACUGUUGGUCACAUAUUUUCUGGAUUCUCUAAAGAAAGUCAUUUCUCUAUUGCCUCACCGCAUGAAAAGCAUUCUGAAACUUUCAUUUCUCAGACAGCAAAUGCUGAAACAUCUCUGCUAGUACAAGAUACAUCUGCCGGGAUCUCGGAGAAUCUUCAAUUUUGUAAUGCUUCGCCCCAUGAAAAGUAUUCAGAAAAUGGUUCAUUCUUUUCUCAGACAUCAGUAAUAGUACAUAAUUCUUGUCACCAAGUACCUGGAGUACAGUCUACAUCAUCAACUUGCUAUACUAAGGAAAACGACUCCUGGUGUUCUGAUAUGCUUCCUGAAUUUAUUGACUAUCCUAUGACAGCUGAGGGAAAUAACUAUACAGAGGGUGGAAAAGUUAGCAGUCCUGUUGGGCUUUCUGAGGAUUGCAGUAUGUCUAGUGAUUUGUUAGAUCAAUUACUGAACAACAACGAUGCUCUGACUUCAAACUGGGAUCACUUUGAAAAUAAUUGUUUCACUAAUUCAGAGUUACAGUUUCCAUAUCAUGUGCCUGCGAUAUCUAUAGAUGACACAGUGCAGAUGCACCAGGUGCAUCAGCAGCCUCUGGUACAUCAGCAUUCACAGGUAUAUCAGCAACCCCCAGUGUUCCACCAGCCACAAGUAUAUGAGAACUUUCCUUCUGCAUCUAAAGAAAUUUGCACUACACAAUCUACUAGUGACACAGUGCAACAACUCCAAGUACAACAGCAGCCCCUAGUGCUCCACAAAUCACAAAUACAUGAACAGCUUGCCCAUGCAUCUGAAGAAAUAUGCACUACACCAUCCAUGGGUUGCACGUUGCAGCUGGCCCAAGUACAACAGCAGCUCCAAGCUUUCCAGCAAUCACAAGUACAGCGUCAGAUUCCCCUUGCAUCCUCUAAAAUUUCCAUGAGUGGUAACCAAUUAUCCUCCACAAGUAGCACGUCAAACAAGUCACGUAUCCGCUGGACUUCAGAAAUGCAUGAAACUUUUGUAGAGGCGGUCAACAAGCUUGGUGGAAGCGAAAGAGCUACUCCCAAGGGUGUGCUGAAGCAAAUGAAGGUUGAAGGUUUGACCAUUUAUCAUGUUAAGAGCCAUUUGCAGAAAUAUCGAACAACAAGAUACAAACCCGAGUCGUUAGAAGGGUCUUCAGACAAAAACCAGAAUCUUCUAGGAGUCAUGUCAUCUCAUGACUUGAAAAAGGAUUCUGAGAUUACUGAAACACUGCGGAUGCAAAUGGAACUUCAAAAGAAAUUGCAUGAACAACUUGAGAUUCAGAAAAAUUUGCAGUUGCGGCUAGAAGAACAAGGACGGUGCUUGAAGAUGAUGUUUGAAAAGCAACAAGAGUCUGGAACUGACAACCCAUCUGCACAGUCAACUGUAGGAAUUGGAAACAACCACGCCCAGGAUGGACCAAAAACAACACAUAUGCAGCAUCAGGUAAUAAGGCUUUCCCCAGAUGACGUUGAUGAGGAGUUGGAAGUAAUAGAAGGUGGUUCUGAGAAGUUCAAAGAUGCAAGGACGGAACCUGAAACUGAAACCUCUAAAGAUCCUUGGGCUGAUGUUACUGGGGGUUGUGAUGUCCAACCAGAAAACCAUGUUAUACUUAUCGACUAAGUUCAUUUUUAUUUUCAUCCCUUUUGAAUUGAAAAGAUUUACCUGAUAUAAGUACCAAAGUUAGUUUUGAACAGUCUGGGAGCUAUAAAGCUCAGUCCUCUUCGUCUUAGACAAGUCGUCUUGGUGGCGUUCAUCUUUUUAUUUUUGAGUUUUAAGCAAGUUCUCAGUUUUGAUUGCUGUAUUAGCAGCCUUUUAGGGUGAAGAGCAUGAAGACGAACAGCAAUAGUUUGUGUAUCCUUGGUUUAUUAUAGGACAUAUUGUUAGCUUCCCUUCAAGUAUCAAUAUAUAGUCAUAGACUCAUAUGAA